UUGGUUAAUUCGGACGCAAAUGACUUCAUCUUUGAAGUGAUAAAUAUUCUCUACUCUGGAUCAGCAAUUCUUUGGGCUUUUCGCAACGGCUUCGUCAAGGAACAUUCAUACAGAGCGAGCAGUGUCUAAAAGUAGCUAUCGAGGUACUUGAGGAAUGUGAUUCGUUCAAGGUCAUAUAAUUAGUGAUAAACUAUAAACACCCAGCCUAUCACCUGCCUGCCUGUCACUCGGUUAUUACUUGUUACAACGUCGUAUCACGGUAUUUACCCUGUGGCGGCUGAGGAACAAUCAUGUCGACGACGGCAAAGCGCUACCCUGGAGAUUGCGACGAAGCUUACCCCGAAGCUUUCACCGUGGCUCCACCCCAGCCAACUGAAGCAAAGCCAGGACAACUCACAAAGGCUCAAGUUGAUCAUUUCUUUGACAAGGGUUAUCUGAUAGUGGAGAAGUUCUUCUCCAAGGAGGAACUGGAUCCUUGCAGAGAGGCCAUAGGGAAACAAGUUGAAGAACUCGCUCAGAAGUUGUACAAAGGAGGAAAGAUUAAAAAUUUAUACGAGGACAAAGGGUUGUUUGAGCGCUUGUCGUGUAUUGAGAAAGAGUUUCCCGGUGCCAAUAUACUCUUACAUAAAGCAGGGAAACUACCUCCGGCCUUCCGUGCAGUUUGGAGCAAUGACCGACUCUUGAAUUUGGUUGAACAACUGAUUGGACCCAAAAUAGCCGGACAUCCAGUUUGGAACCUGCGGACAAAAACACCAAAGAACAACGCCACUACUGUGCCGUGGCAUCAAGAUUCUGGUUACCUUGACAACGAGUCUUACAAAGUCCUGCAACCAACAGCUUGGGUUCCGCUUCUAGAUGCCAAUGCUCAAAAUGGAUGCAUGGAGGUCGUAUCCGGCGGUCACCGACCAGGUCGCAUCUGUCGUCACACGUGCUGCUGGGCGGACACGUGGUAUGUGGAACUUGCAGAGGAGGAGAUGGUGAAGACUCUGGGUGUGGAUCUGGACAAAGACAUCAAACUGUGCCCAAUUCCCUACGGCGGGAUGCUUUUGAUCAACAACAUGAUCCCCCAUAGAAGUCUGCCGAAUGUUUCCAACGAGAUCCGAUGGAGCUUGGACCUGCGUUGGCAGGAUCCCGCUAAACCUUACGGCUUCUACGGCCUGAAGGAGGGGAUUCUGAUGAGAGAUCCAUCCAAGCCUGACCACAAGAUUGACUGGUCGCCAUUUGAGUCUGUGGACAGACACGAAACCGCCAAAGAAGUGUUGAACGAAGAGAAAGAGGACGAUGCCUUCGAAACCACGAUCCAGGGCCCCCAUAUGGAGAAGUGGGAAAUGACGCACGAGAACCGACACACAGCCAAACUCGUGAAGGGAAAGUCUUACAGCAGCUGGCACAAGGCAUGACAUGGAGGCUGACUUUAUCAUGACGCCAUGCUGAUGAAUAUUUUGCAUAUUAAUUCUUGAUAAGAAAGUUUGGUAUUAAGUUGGACCAAGUACAUAUACGUAAUCACAGAAGUGUGACUGUCAUAAUGAUUUCACGAAACACGAGUACGAAAUAUAAUAUUUCUGUCAUCCACUCUGUGAUAUUAGCUGCCCUGAAAGAAAUAGUUUCUGUAUUGAAUACGUGCAAGCUUACAUUGCAACAAGACUUCAACAAUGACAGUAUAAACUGCGUCAUCAUGGCAAAUGGCGUAGCCAAUCCUGUGUGUGUCAUAUGUCAACAAUGCCGCCUGCAUUACGUCCUGGAAUAAUUCGGCCAUGUUUGUUUGGUCUGGAUUCACAUUAGUUGGCUCUUCUUGAAACAUAUGGGUAAUAAACAUAUAUUAUUUA